UCGUAACUACAGUAGUAAUGUAUAUAAUGCAACCUAUAAUCGUGAACAGAGUAUUCCCGCGCCAAUUACGCGAGAAACUACCGGUUUUCCAGAACCAGAGUUUGAACCAUCCCUUGCAUCAUCAGCAAAUCAAUUCCUGGAAGAAACGUUCAAAUUCGAACGCAAAUUCCGUGAGGACUAUGUCGGAUGUUCAGAUGAUUUGUUUGAGGAUGACAAAACCCUUCAUAGUAGUUUCAAUUAUUAUAAUAAUGAUAAUGAGAAACAUAAGAACAACAUCAUUGACGAAGAUGACGAGCCAACGCCGCGUUCAAGUAAACUUCUAAAGUCGCAGCAACAGCAACAACUUAUGCCGCAACUUAUGCCGCAACCAAUAUUUCAACCAAUGUUAGAACAAGAGCACGAGAACGCAGGAAUUGGCUGGUACACAAGUAUCGCAGUCCCGGUGAUCGCAAUUGCAAUUGUGGGAUACUUU